AUGAAGAUGCUUGUUUUGGCCCUUGCUUGGGUUGGAGGCAUCAACGCCGCCACCCCUAAUUCGCAAAACGAAGAUGCCAAGUUGACCCAAGAGAGCCACAGGGUCCAGUGCUUUACUUACUUGUCGACAUAUUUGGCUCCUGUUCGCUCACGAGCUCAGGCCUCCCUACCUACACUUGAGGAGAAUGACGGGGAAAACACCCAGACGACGUUUUACACAAGGAGGAUACAUGUGGAUGAGCUGGAUGGCUCGCCUUCUUCAAAUGGUCAGGUUGGCCAUGGGGUAGCGUCAGGAACAUUCGAGCCCCUUUACACAAAUACACCCCUUGUUUCGUCGUCCUCAGAAACAAAUAUACCCAACCUAGGCAACAAAAAGGGCGCAGAGAUGGCCACGGGGACGGGCAGAGACUUCUUCACCGACACGUCUCACACAGGGCGCAUGCCGCCCAACUCAGACAGCCAUGACGGACUUGAUAUAGAUUCGGGAACAUAUGGCACCCUUCUCACUGAUACACUGGCACCUUCCACAAUGGCCACAGGUGGUUACAACUCAGGUGACCUGGAGGAACCAGAUGUAGCCUCUGGAACAUAUGGACCGUUUUACACAGACACACCGGCACUUCCUACAUUGGCUGCAACUCGUCACUUCACCUCAACUGGUCAACAGAGACUUGAUGUGGCCUCAGGAACAUACAGUCCAUUUUACAGAGACACGCCAACCCUAUGGAGAACAAAGUCAACAACAGGUGAUGGGACAUCAGCUACAAUUGCAAUGGUUGAGUCAGGAAACCCAGUUGCCACGGACUCACCCUUUACUUCAAAUAACUAA